AAAAUUUUUAUUCAGAAAACAAUAGAAAAUGAGUUCUUCUUUAAUGUGUGUUACAAUUACAUAUUAAAAGCCGGUAUUAGAUUAAAUGAGCAAUGCGACAAAAGCUUUAAUGAGUGAGUUUAAUGAGACAUAGAGUUAAAAGUUUAAUCGCUAAUAAAAGAUUUUAAAUGUUGGUAAAUUAACAUAAACUAAUAAGCGGCCAAUUGCAACUAGCAGAAUGAGUACUACUACAUCGAUAGAGGCAGCGUGCAUAGUGAUUGCGGCAGAUGAAGUGGAUACCGUCAAUGGAAAAUCGAUUGAGGGGUACCAAGGUCCUUGUCUUGGCGAAGAACCAAGCAGUCCUAAAAGAACUGAAAAGAGCACAGAUGGAGCUCAUACUACCAUUGAUGUUGAUAGGGACCAGCCCAGCCAAAUUGGUGAUGACCAUGCAUCGGCGAGAUGCAGUAAUGGCAUCAAGAAAGACGGCUGUAUGAAUUCUACAGCACAGCAACAAACAGCUGUCAGAACGCAGGCCAAGUCCCAACACGAAAUUAUUUUAGUGCUCACAAUAAGCAUCGCAGCAACAUUCGUUGCGCUUCUUUGGUAUUUCUUUGGCUGGAUGUGUGGCGUGCCCGCAGUGUUCGCCGCCAUAUUUGCGGUUAUGUUGGUGAUGUUAGGAUGGCGUUGGUUCUAUAUUGCUACCGUAACAACCAAGCGUGAUACUAAGGCGUUGUGGUCUUAUAUAAGACUGCUUCUACUCAUAAAGCAGUAUGAACGCAAGAACCUAUCGAUAGGUGAUAUAUUUCAAAGGAAUGUGGAGACUCAUCCUGAUAAAGUGGCCAUAAUCAGCGAAACACAGUCAUGGACAUUUCUGCAACUGAGUGAAUUUUCCAAUCGUAUCGCUGAAAUCUUCCACAGUCACGGCUAUAAAAAGGGUGACGUUGUUGGCCUCAUGUUGGAGAAUCGCGCUGAAUAUGUUGGCAUUUGGUUGGGUCUCUCAAAGUGUGGUAUUAUAACCGCCCUUAUUAACACCAACCUAAAGGGGCCGUCGUUGCUUCACAGCAUCACGGUGGCUAAAUGUGCUGCGCUCAUAUAUGGCGAGGAUUUCUAUGAUAUGAUUGCAAAUAUUGCGAGUGAUAUUCCAGCGAAAUUAUUUCAAUUCAAUAAUGAAAUUAAUAAACCAGUGCGUAACUCAGCCGAAGACCUAGCAACUCUACUACACUCAUCCGCAAAUGACAAAGCGCAACCCUUCAACUCCACUCAACAUCCAAAUCACCACGAUAAGCUGAUGUAUAUUUACACCUCUGGCACCACGGGUUUGCCAAAGGCAGCAGUAAUUUCUCAUUCAAGAUACAUAUUUAUUGCCGCUGGUAUUCACUAUGCACUAUAUUUUAAGAAUAAAGAUAUAUAUUAUACUCCUCUGCCACUAUACCACACAGCUGGCGGUGUUAUGAAUAUGGGACAAGCGUUGCUGUUUGGCUCAACCGUCGCCAUCCGAAAGAAGUUCUCAGCAUCUGGUUACUUUGCUGACUGCGUUCGAUUUAAUUGCACAAUUGCGCAAUACAUUGGGGAAAUGGCACGUUACAUACUGGCUACACCUCCAUGUGAGCACGAUCGCAAGCAUAAAAUUCGUAUGGUCUUUGGCAACGGCUUGCGGCCGCAAAUUUGGCCUCGUUUUGUCGAACGAUUUAAUAUUCCCAAGGUCGGCGAGUUCUACGGUGCCACAGAGGGUAAUGCCAAUAUUAUGAACAAUGACAAUACUGUCGGUGCCAUUGGUUUUAUUUCCCGUAUUAUACCACAAAUUUAUCCCAUCUCUAUAAUAAAAGCUGACCCGGAUACUGGUGAGCCCAUACGUGGCGAAGAUGGACUGUGUCAACGUUGUGAAGCCGGCGAAUGUGGAGUAUUUAUUGGCAAAAUCAUCAAAGGCAAUCCUUCUCGGGAAUUUCUCGGAUAUGCCGAUGAGAGGGCUUCAACAAAGAAAAUUGCGCAUGACGUUUUCAAAAAGGGGGAUAUGGCAUUCCUCUCGGGCGAUUUGUUGACGUCCGAUGAACGAGGUUACCUUUUCUUUAUGGAUCGCACGGGCGACACAUUUCGUUGGAAGGGAGAGAACGUAUCCACUAGUGAGGUGGAGGCACAAGUGAGUAAUGUUGCCAGCUAUAAAGAUACAAUUGUUUAUGGUGUUGCGAUACCAAACACGGAAGGACGUGCCGGAAUGGCAGCCAUAUACGAUCCAGAGCGGGAAGUAGACCUUGCACGUUUCACACAGGAUAUAGCAAAAGUACUGCCGACAUAUGCUAGACCACAGUUUAUAAGAUUUUUAACUAAAGUAGAUCUAACUGGCACGUGUAAAUUGCGCAAAGUUGAUCUGCAAAAGGAAGGAUACAAUCCAAAUAUUAUUCAGGAUGCACUCUAUUAUCAAACGGCAUCCGGAAGGUACGAGAUACUUACUAGUGAAAAUUUUGAAAAGAUAAAUAGAGGUGAAAUUCGAUUUUAACGAUUUUAAGGGCGGGUUGUUAUUUGUUCUAGUUUUUAUAGCUUGUUAAAAAAUUCAUUAUGUGGCACUAACCGCCAAAAAGCCAAAAAGACGUAAGCGCCAUGGUUUACAAAAUUUAAUUUGAUGAAGAAAUGUUCUGAGAGCAUCUGAUGCAUUUCUGCAUAAAAAAAAUU